CUGAGGUCACAGGGAGGCGGCCUGGCGCGCGAGCCGAGCGCCUGCGCCGAGCGGAGCCGAGCGGAGCCCAGCGAGCGGCGCACACGCGGACGCCCGCCCGGCCCCGCGCCGCCGCGGCAGGCCCGGCAUGGAGGAGGAGUGCCGGGUGCUCUCCAUCCAGAGCCACGUCGUCCGCGGCUACGUGGGCAACCGGGCGGCCACGUUCCCGCUGCAGGUUUUGGGAUUCGAGAUUGACGCGUUGAACUCCGUCCAGUUUUCAAACCACACAGGCUACCCACACUGGAAAGGUCAAGUGCUGAACUCCAAUGAACUCCAGGAGCUGUACGAAGGCCUGAAGCUGAACAACGUGAAUAAAUAUGACUAUGUGCUCACGGGCUACACGAGAGACAAGUCCUUCCUGGCCUCGGUGGUGGACAUUGUGCGGGAGCUGAAGCGGCAGAACUCGGGGCUCGUGUACGUGUGCGACCCCGUGAUGGGCGACAAAUGGAACGGCGAAGGCUCCAUGUACGUUCCGGAGGACCUCCUUCCGGUUUACAAAGAGAAGGUUGUGCCGGUAGCAGACAUCAUAACCCCCAACCAGUUCGAGGCUGAGUUACUGAGCGGCAGAAAGAUCCACAGUCAAGAAGAAGCAUUAGCGGUGAUGGACGUGCUGCAUGCCAUGGGCCCCGACACGGUGGUCAUCACCAGCUCUGACCUGCCCUCCCCGAGGGGCAGCGACUACCUGAUCGCGCUGGGGAGCCAGAGGAUCCGGAACCCUGAUGGCUCUGUGGUGACGGAACGCAUCCGGAUGGAGAUGCACAAGGUCGACGCAGUCUUCGUGGGCACCGGGGACCUCUUUGCCGCCAUGCUCCUGGCAUGGACACACAAGCACCCCAACAAUCUCAAGGUGGCCUGUGAGAAGACCUUGUCGGCCAUGCAUCACGUUCUGCAGCGGACCAUCGCAUGUGCAAAAGCCCAGGCAGGGGGAGGACUGAAGCCCAGCCCGUCGCAGCUGGAGCUGAGGAUGGUCCAGAGCAAGAAGGACAUCGAGAACCCGGAGAUCGUGGUCCAGGCCGCGGUGCUGUGAGGGCCCGCGUGCCACCUCCCAAUGCACAGCGUGUCGGUGUCUCCAUCGUCGUCCCUGUGAAAACGUAGCAUCUGCCUUAGAGCCGUGACCGAAACUUGAUAUUUUUUUCUUUCGUGAGUGUCCAGCCUCAACCGGUCUUAAUUGUGAAAACGUGCUGGUCGUGCUUUUUAAAAGUCACAAAGCCAUCACAGAAAUCUGUAAUUCGGGGAACCCAGCUCCCUGUCCCCCAGGGCUCCUGGGCCUCCCGGGAACCCCACUCCCUGUGGGCCCCCCGGCGGCCCCCCGGCGGCGUCCCAUCCCUGGCAGGCGAGGGCCGGGGAAAGUCCUGGAGUCUGCGUCCCUGAGGAAGAGUUGGGUUUUAACCAUCUGCGUCUGGGCGAAUCCUGCCAAAUGCCUCUGUUGUCGUUGUGACCCGACCCCCUUUGUUCCUGCUUGAGAAGUCUCUUUUGUCACCUAGCUGUGGGGUAGGUCGCCGGGGACUGCGUCACUGCGGGAACAGGUCGAGACCAGCUGGCCCGGACGCGCGCCGGGGAUGAGGAAGGGCUCCCGAGGCUGGAACAGCCCGUGGCGAGACUGGCCCGUUGUGUUCCUGCCGGAAACCUCACCUGGUCUCUGGCACGCCGGGUUACGUCUGCGCGCUUGCCACCCUUGGCUGGCCACAGAUGCCUCGUGCCACGUGGUUGUGCAGAGACGGGUAGAGGGCCGUGGAUACCAUUGGCAUAUUUAACCCCACGAGCCAGUCACCCUGUGCGCUCGCCCCUGCCCGCUCAGUCCUGCCUUCCGUGCCACCGGAAGCCGGGGUGCGCGAGGCCCCCUGAAAGGCAGCCGCAGCUUGAGCCCCUCCUCUGAGGAGAGGGUGUUGGCAGAUCGGGGGAGGGGCCGGGGCAGAGCGCCGGGCUAGCAGCUCUCAGACGCCUCGGGCUGCGACACCAGGCCAGGCGUCUACUGCCCGGGGCACCCCCAGGCGUGGCUGCAAGCGAGGGCGCCCCUCUCCGCGCCGCCCUGGGGAGAGCAGAGGUCUGCCUCCCCCAGGAGCCUGCGGCCGGGAGGGGACAGAGCCUGAAGAGUGGGGGGGCCCCCUCCCCGUCCCGCAGGCGGGUCCUCUCCUGCAGCCCGCGCUGUCCUCUGCAGCAGGGCCAGUGUCCCCAGGAUCCACUGCCACCUCCUGGGUAGGGCAGAGUUCACUCUGUUGCAAACUCCCCGAAACAAAGAAAUACCAGCGUCCGUGCCGUUCCGCCUGCUCUUCUUUCUUCCCAGUCUGUCCACGUCCUGAGUGUCCGCUCUCGUGCGUUAGCACCCGGCAGCCCGUGCACGGGCCAUGGUAUCUCUCUGCGACGAGAUGGUGGAAAACCCACCGUGAGGAUACCGUGUAGGGCGUAGGGGCUUACUCUGUGUGUACCAUGGCCUUGGGAACACUGCAGACGCCGAUCCUCUGUUCUUUAAGUUUUAUUUCAGGGGCUCAGGCUUCGUGUUACACUUGAUGCUUUUACUUCCCCCAACUGUACAUAGAACGAUAGUUAUUCCGCCCCUAAACUUCCUGCGAAACUGUGAGCUUUCUGGCUGGAUCUCGGACGUUCUCAUCCCAAGUUCCUCCGACCGAGAAGCCCCGACCGCUGGGAGCGGUGGGGUCUUGAGCCCUCUGCCCCCAGCAGCGGGACCCCGGCAUCCCAAGAGCCCCUGCAGGGCGCGGGGCUCCCGUAGAAACCGCAGCAGCUUCUCCCAGCGAGCUGCGCUGGCCACGUGCUGCUGCUGAGCCCACUGCCAUCCUGGGCGGGGUCCUGCGCAGACACGCAGGCCCUGGCUUGUCUGUGCUUAGAAUUUCCCACCCAGAGGUCAGCCGUGGUCACUAGCAGCGGGUUUUUCUUUCUUUCUUUCUUUCUUUCUUUCUUUCUUUUUUUUUUUUUUUUUUUUUUUUACAUAGGUUGGGUCCAAAUUAGAGUAAAUCUUUGUUUUUACUUCCCAUAGUUUAGUAACAUGCAAAGUAAUAAUUAUAUAUUUUAAAAUGAGAAGUGUAUCAGUCCUAAGUCGCCUGCUUAUUACCAGAGUACAGAUUUCAAUAUGGUUUUUCAAAGCUUCUGUAGGCCUUAAAGAUGAAUUACAAACUACUCUUUUUUUAAAACCAUUUUCAAAUCAUUGCCAAGUCUUGCUAAGGUCAUCGUGGUAAUCUGCGUUAUUUUUAAAUGUAUGUCAGCAAUGGUAAAAAUGAUGCUUUGUUGUGCUGUUCUUGACCUUGUCGGAACCAAUUUUUUAAAUGUCGUCUAACUUUACAAUGGACUGAGCCUGGUUUGGCGUGCUUUUCGUGUUCAGAACGGAGGCCAGGGCGCCCCGCCAGCAACAUGAUGCCGGAGUCCCCGUGUCGAUGCAGAAUCCCCCUCCUCCCCACCUUCAUCGUCCAGGAAAGUAAUGCUGUGUGAUGGAGUCCCCGAAGGGUGAAUCCUUGCCUCUGGGGAGCAGGCAGGUGGGGCAGGGCCAGGCGGGCGGGGCCCUGGCCUCACUGGGUGUCCCAAGGCCACUCCUGACUGCCAUUCCCUCCUUGCUGGACCUCACGUUCACUGCUAGUUGAAAUGUACAGUAAAGGAGGUGACAGCGUUCUAGCUGUUGGACCUGCGCUGUGAGCACGCCCCCUCCUUUAUCCCUCCUGCCCUUUGAUGGGACCACCUGCCCCAGGGCAUCGGGGCUGCGUCUGCCUGAAUCACAGGCACCUGUGAGCACUCUGGAUUCCGGCACCAGAAUAGCCAGAAUCUCUGUCUUCCUUCUCUGCCCCCCAGCAGGUUGCUGGGGUCCCCGUGCACAUGUCCCCAUGGGACAGGGUUUCUGUAGGAACCGCCCACCCUAGCACCUGCCUGGGCCGGAAGGCGGGGAAGGAAGUUUGAGUGGGCAGAGGGGCGAGGGUGCAGGCCAGGAUUCUGCGAGUGGGGUCCUGGCUGUCUGAGUCUCGUGGGAGCCGCGGGGCCCCCAGACGCCACUCUGCCCCCAGAGGGGCGUGGCCACCAAGCCCACCCGUGUUCAUUCCACACCAGCUCCUGCCGACCGGCUGCAGGUGAUUUCUCUCAUCCCGUCACUCCGUGAACUGUUUACAUUAGGACUUCCUUCAGAGCCGGGUCCCGUGUGCUCAGAGGGAACACGUUAGAUGCCUGUGCCGGGUGGGCACUCAGAAGGACCCCCAUCCCUGGGAGGGCAGCUCUGGGAGCCCAGGAGACCUCCCGCUUCAUUUCUGCCCCGAGGGUGCUGGUCAGGCUGGACCCUCAAAGCACAGUGACCCAAGUGCACACAUGUGGCCAGGGAGCCGGUGUUGCGUGUGUGUGUGUGUGUGUGUGUGUGUGUGUGUGCUGCAGUCGCUUUGUGGCAGGGGUGGUCGGGGGGCCUUUGAGGGUGAAAAGUGUCAAGAACCUUGAGUGCUUGUUUAUAGAGCCCCCUCCACCCCCCCUCAC